AUGUAAUUUCUGCAAUACCCUCCAGAUAAGAAAAUUCAGAAUUAUCAAUUUAGUUUCAAAGCCAAAUUAGGAAAGGGUGCCUAUGGUACCGUUUAUGCUGGCAGAAACAUCGUCGAUAAUAAGAUUGUGGCAUUAAAGGUUGUGGAUAAGAAAAUUUUACAGACAGAUUAUGCAACUUAACUCAUCGCCUCAGAAAUCGAGAUUAUGAAAUUGAUUGAGGAUAAGAAUAUUGUCAGAUUGAUUGAUGUUUUAUAAAGUGUCAAUAAUACCUACAUUGUCACUGAGUUUUGUAACGGUGGUGAUCUCAGAGAAUACCUCAAAAAGAGAAAGUCCAUCCCAGAAAAUGAUGCAAUCAAUGUUUUAAAGGAUUUGCUCCAUGGCAUUAAAGCAUUACUAAAAAUAGGAAUCAUACACAGAGACAUUAAACCUGCUAAUAUCAUGGUCCAUGAUGGCAUAUUCAAAAUUACAGACUUCGGAUUCGCCAAAUAAGUCGAUUCUCACAUUGAUACCAUUAUGAACUCAUUAGUGGGUACACCACUUUAUAUGAGUCCUCAAAUCUUAAAAAGACAAUCCUACACAUCUAAAUGCGAUAUCUGGUCUUUAGGUCUCAUAUUCUAUGAAUUGAUCUAUGGAAUCACACCCUGGCAUUCUCAAAACCUAGUCGAAUUAAUGGCCAAAUUAGAUACCAAACCUUUAGAAUUUCCACCCUAUCCCAAAGUCACCGAGUAAACCAUCAAAAUAAUCAAAGGAUGCUUGCAAAUCAAUGAAGAUAAAAGAAUUUCUUGGGAUCAACUCUUUUCCUUGGCAGGAAUGCAAGAAUAUGCCACACUGCCUGAAAUCACUCCAGUCUUGCCUCUUAUCCAAAAAAAUACACAAUCAUAAUAUCAAAGUCAAUAAUAAGAACCAACUUAAAUCAAAUAAAAUCUAAGUUUCUUGGAAAUCAAACCCCACUAAAGAGUCAAACAAAGAACUGAAAGUAUGGGAACUUAUCAUUUUCCAAAUAGACAUAACAGAAGCAUGAGCAAUGCUACUCCAACUCAUGAUUUAGAUAAAUCAAGUGAAAGACAAAAAGGAAAAUUUUAUACCAAAACUAAAAUCUCCUACCUACAACCUGAAUAUCGUAAAAUUACUCCUUAAAGGAACAUUACUGCAUAUACACAAGAAUCAGAAAGAGACAGAAAUAGUUCCUUUGUUAAAUUUACAACCCAAAGAAUUGAACUUAUCAAAUUCUUAGAAAAUGCCCAUACUCCCCCUCUCCCCAAUAAGAAAUAUUCCACAAACAAUAACGAUUCAUUUAGAACUCCAAGCAACUUGUAAUCUAAUUCAACAAAUGCAUCAAAUAGAAAUGUGUAAGAACAAGAAAACUCUUCAAAGAUAGUCAGAGUGAAUGAAUUCUAAAUCGAAGAAAAAUCCAGAGAACCUCUAAAUUAUAUCAUAGCUAAUGGAUAUUUUAAUACGAGCUCAAAUUUAAGAUUAAAAAGAACUUUUAGCAAUCAUUUCCAAGAUAACGCCUUAUCCCCUAUAAGCCAACAAAAAAAUAGUAUCUUACAAUUUAUGAAAAUCAUCCAAAUCUAAUUUGAUCUCAUUCCAAAUCAUAUCACAAUUAAAAAGGAUAUCGACUCCUUACUAAAUCAACAUAAGAUUACUAUGAAUAAUGUGAGAGAGUAGCUCUACACUCCACAAGAUAUUAAGGAAUUGAAGAAUAUUAUCAAUUGCCUUGUAGACUAUCUUAAUAAUAACCCUCAAGAUAAUUUUGUAACCUAACUCUCAGUCAUGCUACUUUUAUUGCUCAAUUAUAAUUAAAUAAUUCUUUACAAUGUAUAAACUAAGUCAUUACAGUUAUCAAAGUCACUAAUUGAUUAAAUAAACAAGAACUAAAAAUUACAACAAUAGCAAUUAUUGUUAAGUCCAGAAAUUUUAAGAGAAGAAAUCAAAAAAUUACUCAAAUGA